AUGGAGGCGGAGAACAAGGUGUCUCUGCGCCGGGUUUACGCCUCCGCCCUGCCCCCCUACAUAGACAGGAGGCCCUGUCGUCACGACGACGUGCUGAGUCUGGUCCUGACACACAUGGAGGCGGAGAACAAGGUGUCUCUGCGCCGGGUUUACGCCUCCGCCCUGCCCCCCUACAUAGACAGGAUGGGUGUAGGAGUUUGCCGACAUCUGAAACGGUUGGAGCGGGUGGUGCUGGGAUACCUGGAGAUUGGAGAUCCACCUGAGGAGACGAGCAGACUGAAGAUCCUGGAGGCACUGAAGACGACGAUGACAGUGGCCUGGCCACGGUCUGAGUACACACACACACCUAGUCCGAGUUCCAGUCUCAGUCCUAGUCCCAGUCCCAGUCCCAGUCCCAGUCAUAGUCAUAGUCCCAGUCCUAGUGCCAGUCCUAGUCCCAGUCCUAGUCCCAGUUCUAGUCCCAGUCCUAGUCCUAGACCUAGUCCCAGACCUAGUCCCAGUCAUAGUCAUAGUCCUACUCCUAGUCCCACUCCUAGUCCCACCUGUCCUCCAGCAGGGGGACAGCAGCUGCUGCAGUCCUGA